UCCAUGUUGGUCAGCUGAGUUUGAGCACCAGUGCGGCUAACCAGUUCCUAAUCUCCCUCACCAAGCAAUCCGAUGAGACAACACCGUCGUCCGCAAUACAAGAUUACGGUCACCUACGUCUGUUCCUCACUUGGGAUUUCUACGAUUUUGAAACACAGGCUACACCUGUUCGAAAUGGGAUUGAAACGGAUUUCAAUCUGACUGUUCAAUAUCCGGUCAAUUUUGAUGACAUCAUGCUGGGCUAUUUGCAUCGAGGUCAGUGCGUGAUCGAAUUGCAUCAGAGCAUGCAGAACCAGUACCGGACAAUUGCCAAAGGACAACUGAAUAUGGCCGCUCUACUGGAAACAACG